AUGGAUCAGUGCAAAAUUGAAUUCUUUAAGACAGUUGAAGAUUCAAUCAUUCCACAACUUCAAACAAUUUGUGAGGGUUGGAUUGAUAUCUUCGGAUGUGAAAAAUUGUUUAACAUUCAGGUCGAGUCUCUUGUUCAUCGACUUGAAAAAAUGUUUAAUGGAAUUGUGAAGAAAAAUCGAAAAACGCAAGCAAAGCUUAAAUCUCGAAUUGAAAGUUUAAUGAAUGAAAAGCAAAGAAUUGAAAGCUUGUUGAAUGAAGAAAUUAAGCCUCCAAUUGAUCAAAGUUUCUCACUUAAUGACCGACAUAAAAAUCUCAAAACCACGAUUAUUUCUUAUCGUGAGAAAUGCAUUAGAAAGUUCCAACAAGAAGCAAAAGAAUUAGCUGAGAAACUAGAAAUCGACUGUUCAAAUGUGAAGAAAUUAUUGGAAGAUGAUUUGCAAUUGACUGCAGCAAAUGUCGAUAAAUUGGAGGAAAUUGUUGUUGACUGGAGAGAACGAAAAAUUUUGUAUCAAGAAAUUGAAAACGUACGUUCACAAAUUGAAAUUAUUUGGAAAGAUCUAGAAGUGUCAGACGAAGUUCAAUCAGAAUUUGACUCAUUGCCACUCAAUAAUGAGUCACUCGAUAAACUUCAAGCAGAAUUGCAGAGAUGCAAUCAAUUGAAAUUGGAAAAAUUUCCAAAACUUGUUGAUCAACUUAUACAAGAAAUAUUUGAAUAUUCUGAAAAGUGCAAGAAACCAGUUCCACUUCGAAUGCAUCCUGAAGAUUACGAUCAAAGCAACUUGAUCGAAUUGGAAGCAAAUUUGAAAGACUUAAAAGUGUUUUAUGAAGAGAAUGAAAAAGUUUUAACACUUUUAGACAAACGUGACAAUUUGAAAACAGAAUUGGAAGCUUUGAAAGUUAAACAACAAGAUUUAAGGUCACGUUUACAAAAUCGAGGUGGUCAAUUGUUGAAAGAUGAGCAAGAAAGAAAACUGUUAGAAAAGAAACUACAGAAAGCAGAAAUUGCUUUAUCAAAAGCUGCCGCUGAGUACCAAUCAAUUCACAACACUCCUUUCACUGUCAAUGGAGAGCUUUUAAAACUUGAAAAGCUUAAUGUUCGACGAAAAUCAAUCAAAAAGCCUUACAAUGGUUAA